UUGUUGAACAAAUAUUUUGCAAUGGGGUUGUCAUUAUCAAUCCUGUUCAGUCGUCUGUUAGACAGGAAAGAGAAAAUAGAAUUUUGAUAGUUGGUCUUUGCACUGCUGGUAAGGCUACCAUCUUGCGCAAGCUAGCUCUUGAGAUCGAGCCCUCCUCAUACGGCCAAAGUCUUGUCUUGCCUUCUUCCAACUAAAAGAGCAUCAACUUCAGUGUUAUGGAUGGUUUGCCUAAGCACGAGGUUUGGGUCAAAGGUCAAUCCGAGUUGAUUGUAACAAGUCAAAAUUGGACAAAUACUUUGGGAUGGAGGGAGCGAGUCUUUUCUUGGCUAUGCAUUUUUGACCCCUGCAAUAAAAUUCAUGAUGGGAGUUCAAAACUGCUUGACUUUGGACUAUGUGUUGUUGUGCAUGAGAAGAAGAUAGGAGGCCAUUAUAGAUAUAUGAUUCCGAAGGAAAAUGCUAUAGCUUCUUUGGGCGCAAAUGAUGAAGUCGAAGAGCCUAGAACAACCUUCUAUCUCGACCAGUGGAGGCAAACUAGGAGCAUCAUCUCCCCACGGUUUGGAAAUCCGAAGGAAGCUGGCCACAUCUCAGAUCUGAUUGCGUAAUGGUUUAUUACCAGCUUCUUUUACUGGCAUCAUACUUAGUUUUAUGGAAUAUUGCAUUCCUCUCGCAAGUUAUGGUGAUGCUCGACUCUGUGGAAGGGAAUUGUCUUUGUUGUGGAUAACAGCAACACAGACCAAAUUAGAAGUUCAAGGGAGUUUUUGCAUUGGAUGUUGGAAGUUUUAAGUAAUCAUACAAAAGCAUGAAUGAGUUUCCACAACUAUCCUUAUCUAUGAAAUCACUCAAACUUGUUUUACUUCACCCAAAUGACUUCUGCUCGUGGAAAAACAUUACUCCAACGAUGUCUACUAUUGGAGAUGCUGCUUUGAUCAUAUUUUCCAACAAGCUAAGCAAGAUCUGCCCAAAGCAAUGAAUGCUGAUAAGUUAUGGAAGAGGCUCCAUCUCCAUUCUCUCAGCCAGUACAAGUGCAAUUGGCAUGUUUAGAGCAGCUAUGCAAACUCUGGAGAGGGGCUUUACGAGGGGUUGAUUUGGCUCUCUAACAACAUCGUCUCUAGCAAGGCAAGAGAUAACACAGUGGAAUUUUUUUAUUUGAUCAUAGACAUAAGUAGGCCGAUUUUUAUCUAAGCCUUUUCUCUUGUGCCUCCUUCUUACCCUAUGUUUGGUUUGUGGAAUUUGAGACGGAAAGAAAAGAAAGAAGUUUUCUCCCG